AUGCAUGUCAUUAUACUUGGGAUAAAAGCUAAUGAGAGUUCAGAUGUUAAGGGCAUAAUAGGAGCUAUUUUGGAUAGCAGUUCUCGCAUUGGCCAAGAACGUGCAGUGGCUAUAAAGCUGGCACUGGAAGACUUUCAUCAAAAAAAUAAUCUCAGUUUUGUUCUGCAUGUAAGAGACUCUCAAGGAGAUCCUCUUUCAGCAGCUAUUGCAGCUAGAGAUCUGAUUGAUAAUAAAAAGGUGAAAGCCAUCAUUGGACCACAAACAUGGGCAGAGACAUCAUCAGUGGCUGAAAUCUGUACCCAGAAGAGCAUACCCCUCCUUUCUCUAGCAGAUGCAACUCCAGAAUGGGCAAUGAAGAAGUGGCACUUCCUUCUGCAAUCCUCACCUAGCCAAAUUAUGCAAAUGAAAGCUAUUGCUGAGAUUGUAAAGUCUUGGCAACACUAUAACAUUACCUUGAUAUAUGAAGAUGGAGAUUCAUCAUCUACUGAAGUUUUUUCUCAACUCCUUGGAGCUCUUAAAGAAGUUGGAACAGAAUUAAGCAAUGUUCUGGUAGUUCCACCUCUAGUUUCUUCUUCAUUGUCCCAACAACUUGAGAAGCUAAGAGAAGGACAAUGCAGCGUCUUUAUUGUCCAUUUGUCCUUUCCUUUGGCACUACACCUGUUUGAAACUGCAAAAACAUUGAAUAUGAUGAAGGGAGGUAAUAUAUGGAUCACUACUGGUACCUUUACAAGCUUUAUUCAUUCCCUGAAUGCAUCUGCUAUUUCCAAUAUGCAAGGGAUUAUUGGAGUCAAGAGCUAUUUACCAAAUCUGCUGGUCCAGAAUGCAAUCUUCUACCGUAGAUUUCGGACAAAAUUUUGCUCAGAGAAUUUUGAAGAGUUUAAUUAUGAGCCUGGAAUCUUCGCAGCCGAGGCUUAUGAUGCUACAUGGAUUGUGGCUCAUGCAAUGAGAGAAACCAACCAAAGAGGGGGUCAAAUUUUGCUAGAUAGGAUUUCACUCAGUAGUUUUGCUGGAUUAAGUGGAAAAAUUCAGUUCACUGACCACAGAGUAGCAUCAGCACAUACAUUUCAAAUCAUUAAUGUGAUAGGGAGAAGCUACAGGGAAAUUGGGUUCUGGUCAGAUGGACUUGGUUUCUCAAAAUCUUUGGAUCAAACUGCUUCUUACAGUUCUUCAGUGAAGGAUUUAGCACAAGUAGUUAAUCCAACCUGUGUUUUACGACUAAGAAUUGGUGUCCCCUCCAAAUCAACAUUCAAACAGUAUGUCAAUGUUAUUCAAGAUGAUUCUGGAAAUGUCACUUCCUUCAAGUUCAAGGGAUUUGCUAUAGACCUCUUCGAAGAAACAGUAAAAAAAUUGCCAUACCAAUUGGAAUAUGAUUAUUUUGCAUUCAAUGGCUCCACAUAUGAUGAACUGGUGAAGAAAGUUCAAUCGAAGGAAUAUGAUGCAGUUGUUGGUGAUGUAGCAAUAGUGUCCACGCGGUAUGAAUUUGUUUCAUUUACUCAGCCCUAUACUGAUCCGGGGAUGGUGAUGAUUGUUCCUGUUAAAUCAAAAACAGGCAACAGAGCGUGGCUAUUCAUGAAACCUUUCACAAAGUUCAUGUGGGUUCUAAUAUUGGUCAUCAUUGUCUACAAUGGCUUUGUUGUAUGGUUAAUUGAAAGAAACCACCGCCCUGAACUGAAGGGUUCUAUUCUGCAUCAAACCACAACUCUGCUGUCGUUGGCUUUCUGUUCCUUGUUCACUUUGAAUGGGGACGGAUUGCACAGCAAUUUAUCAAGGGUGGCAAUGAUGGUAUGGCUUUUUGUGGCUCUAAUCAUUACACAGACUUACACUGCUAGCCUUGCCAGCAUGUUGACUGUUGAACGGUUUGAAGCAACUGUAGACAGCAUUCAGCAGCUAAAAAACAACAAUGCCAAGGUAGGAUAUGAUAGAGGGUCCUACUUGAACAGAUAUCUCCAGGAGGUGUUGGGCAUCAAAGCUGAAAACAUCAAGCAAUUUGAGUCACCGGAGAGCUAUGUUGAUGCCCUAAGAAACAAAGAAAUAGCAGCUGCCUUCUUUGAUGUCCCUGAGGCCAAAAUUUUCCUUGCAAAGAACUGUAAAGGAUUUGUUCAAGCAGGACCUACAUACAAAAUUGGAGGAUAUGGAUUUGUAUAG